AAAGUGGGUGAGGAUGUGCAGGUUCAGUCGCAUCACGUGAUCGCCAUAAUAUUACCAGUUACCGUCAGAGGGAGUUUGGCAGUAACCGCAUACGUUCGGCCCGAGCGGCCGUUAGCGGGAUUGUUUUUACUGUCAGCGAUGGAUGGAACGAAUCGAGAUAAUAUGUGAAGAUAAACGUACUUUCCUUUGAGAUAAUAAGGAGAAAAAUCAUCGUGACCGCAGAUAUAUCGAUGAUGACAAUGUCCAUUGAGUGUGGCUGUCGAAGACAUGAGUGCAGUCGACAACGAAGAUCUGACGGAACAAAGGCCUCAGAAGCAGACAUUCAUAGAAUGUCUAAAACGCACCGGUCAUGUUAAAUGCUUCCUUCUCACCAUUCUUAUCAUCGGAUGUCUCGCUGUCAUUAUCUGGUGUCGUAUAGCGGAGGUGACGCGUCUAGUUCUCAAUUUUCAAAGCUUCCCCAUCACAACCAGAAGAAGAGUAAGCCCUUGUGACGAAGGCUACAUCUAUAUCCCAAUCGCUUUUGUAGUCAUGCUGUAUUUUGUGUAUAUAGUCGAAUGUUGGCAUUGCAGUACACGGCUGGAAUUAAUGUAUAAAGUUGACACUAAUGCAGUUUACAAUUACAUUCAACACAUGAGAGAAUCUCAACCGAUUGUUUGGUGGAAAUCCAUAUGUUAUCAUUAUGUGCGAAGAACGAGACACGUGACCAGAUACAGAAACGGUGAUGCCUAUACCACUACCCAAGUAUACUACGAGAGAAUUAACUCGCACGCUUCGGGAUCGAGCUUUGUUUACAGUCGAUGUGGCGUUAAAGAUAUAUCAAAGAAUCUGGUCGAUCUGGGUAAAUUUCCAGCCACUAAGAUUCGAUUUACCAAAGGUUUUGCCUUCGCCAAUCUAGAAGCGGCUAACGAGUUCGACGAACAAAGAAGAAGAUUUUUUCAAGAAAACGAAAGAAUCGACGAUUACAUGGAAAUGAGAGAGGGUUUAGAUCUGGUGGGAGUUAAUUUUCAAGAGUAUAUGGUGGCUUUUGCCGAUCCCGAAAAACUCCCUUGGUACGUUUCCCAUUUGGUGUUUUGGUUUUUUUCUUUAAUUUUACUAUCGUGGCCUCUCAGAAUUCUCAUCGAAUUCAAAACAGCUUACGUCCACUAUCAGGUUAAUAAACUAUUCGGGGUUAAUUAUAUGACACCUUCUAGCGGAGCGGGAAGAUUAUCACGUGGGAGCACCAUCGACAGUUGGGAACUCGAGCAUCACAUUACAAACAACUUUUCUCUGGCUCCCAGUUAUUCGGAAGCUCUUUUGAUUGACAGAAUACAAACAGAUGAUAAUGGAAACAUUCCUAAUGGUGUUUGCAUGACCGGUCAGAACCAUUUCACUUGCAUGAGUCUUCCCGUAUCUGCCAGUCGUUCUUCGUUACAUGGCGGUCGGUUAUUGUACUUUGUAGCACCUCUGUCACCCUGUGGAGAACCUCCAGCCUACGAAGAAGCUCUCAGAGUUAGUCGACCUUUAGCUACGUCGCUAAGACGGUCUCUAACUGAUAGGGAUUUGGUUGCAGUGGAGAGAGCUAAUCGUCAACAUCUUCCUAUUACUUUAGAAACAGUUUUAUGACAUCCACGUUUGUAUCUUUUUCUGUACGCACACCGGAUAUGGUUCCUAUCUCUGGCACAAUAUGCACAGGUUUUUCGAAUUAAAACAAUUCAGUUGGUUAUUAUUAUUAUUACUUCUUUAUAUUUUUGGCUUGCGCACUUCACUUUCCAGCCGAGAUACCAAAAUGUAUGGAAACGAUUCACCAAAUAAAGCAAUAAAAGUGAACUUACACAACUGUUAGCUUCUAUUCUACCAAAUCAAUUCCACUCUAAUAUAACUUGAACUCAAUCGAAUAUUUAAAGUAUUCUAUUAAAAUAAAAUCCAUCAAAAACCAUUUUUUUUUAAUUUAAAUUGUUAACCUUUUUUAAUUUUAAAAACUGAAUAAAAGUCAUUUUUUAUAUGUAUAUAUAAUUGAAAUUUAUUUUAAAAUAGAAAACCAACGGAUAAUAACGAAAUAUUACAGCAUCAAUGUCAUAAAUUCAUAAGAUGUUUAAAUAUUUAAAAAAUAUAUAGGCCUAUAUAUGCUUGCUCUAAUAUUUAAAUAGUGAUAUCAUCAAUCUAUGCAUCCAGAUUCAAAUCGCUUUAAUGAAUAAACAUUCCAAAAUAUUGUCUCUCGCAAGCAAGCAUAAUUAAAUAUUAAUUUCAUUUAAAAAAGUAAAAUGUUAAUAAAAUUUAAAUAUCGAUAACGUCUAACAUUUUAAAUGUAUGCUCUUUCUAUAUGCUAUAAAAUGAAGGUGCAUAAAAGCAAAGUAUUGAUGUAAAUAUAUCCGAUCAACUCAAAUAAAGUCAUUACAGUUAUAUUCAAGAAAUAUUUUUGCUAUUAUUAUUAUUAUUAUUAUUUGUAUAUUGUAUUAAUAAUGUAUUAUGCCUUCAAUAUUUAGUGAAGUAAAAUGAUUGCCACAUUUACAUAAAUUCUACAAGUAAAUAACCGAUAUUAUCAUAUAUAUUAAUUCAAAAAAUUAAGCUUGUAUGAGCAGUAUGACUGUAAUGUCUCAAACAUAAGACAGAUGUUAUGAACCUAUUGGACAUAUCCAUACAGUUAUGUAAUAUUGUUAAUAUUAUAUUACUAUCAGUCGUAUCAAUUGCUGUAUUUUUAAAAAUACAUUAAGCCAAGUUACUUCAUUGUUAAAGUCGUAUCGAAUAAACUAGUUAUCACUCGGAUAUUCGAGCAAAAUCAUAUUUUAAAAUGUAAAUCACUCCGCAAACAAAGACCGUGAGCCAUUAUUUAAUAGAGUGUAAUGAUUCCACACAUAACAGCUGCUCUAUAAUAACAAAGUUCAUUCUGGUAUAAAAAAUCAAGAGUAUUAAACCCAUAAAACAAGUUAUUCUCAAUACUCCAUACAGAAUUUAUAGAAGAGCAUUAAAAGUUACACCUAUACGCUGUAUAAACACUUUAAACAAAGGUAGCUGCUGUAUAAUUGUUUCGAGUAAGUAUACUAUUGUGUACACAAUCUUUAAGUAAAUGCCGCAGGUGCCUAACCGUAUCCAGCGAAUGCCUCCGGUGUCGUAGUGUAGAGGUACUGUACAUUUAUAAAUAAACUGUACGCCUAUACAUCUCGCUCUAUAAUUUAUUAAUUUGUCUGUAAACGAAAUUAA